AUGGGUGAUGAGUUGGUGCAGGCUUUCAAUACGUUUGACAUAGACGACCGAGUCAAGUGUAUCGUCGUGACUGGCCACGGCGACAUUUUCUGCGCCGGCGCGGAUCUCGCGGUGAUGCUUCGAAAGACGGACGAGAAGGUCAACGACCACCGAGAUACCGGAGGUCGCGCCGCUCUUGCUAUUCAUCGCUGCCGGAAGCCAGUCAUUGGGGCGCUCAACGGCGCUGCUGUCGGAAUUGGCAUCACCCUGACGCUCCCAAUGGCAAUCCGGAUAACAGCAAAGGACGCGAAAAUUGGGUUCGUGUUCGGUCGCAGAGGCCUCGUGAUGGAGGCCGCCUCGUCAUUUUUCCUCCCGAGACUCAUUGGGAUGGCACAGGCCCUGCACCUCAUCACCACCGCGGAAGUUCACCCCGCCUCGCACCCGCUAUUAUCGACGCUCUUCAGUGAAGUUCUGCCGAAUUCCUCCGACGUCUUACCCCGCGCACUUGAACUCGCCCAAGGCUUCGUAGACAACUGCAGCAGUGUGUCGUGGGCCCUGUGUCGGGACAUGAUGUGGCGGAAUCCUGGGUCUGCGGAAGGCGCGCACUUGCUCGACUCGCGAAUCAUCUACUCAUUAUUCGGUACGCCAGACAACGAGGAGGGCGUUCAGAGCUUCUUUGAAAAGAGGAAAGCAAACUUCAAGGGGACCCUCCGCGAGGAUGCCCCACUAGCCUAUCCUUGGUGGGAGCCGGUUGAUACUCGUGCCCAGCCUAGCGUCAAGCCAGAGAUAUCGAAACUGUAA